AUGCAGCUUCAUAACGAAAUUAAUGACCUCAAAGAAACGUUGAAAACUUUUAGACUCGAAAAUGACAAAUUGACUAGCACUUUGGAAAGAUACAAAAACCGAACUGAUUGCUCAGACGACCCGAAGGAGAGCAAGCCAGAGUUGAGUGACACGAGAGAUGAGUGCCGGUAUAUCGUAGAGCAUUUGAACGAAGUCAACCAACAAAACUUGAAGGAGAUCAGAGAAAUAAAGGCUCAUUUGGAAGACGUAGUAAACUCAGAAAAAGUUUCACUGAAUGCAUUCAUGUUGGCUAAAGGUUGUAAUCUUAGCAAUGAACCAACGACAGUUGUUAGCAACAAGCCUCUAUUAUCACUCCACCACAAUGAUCAUCGUAAAAGUAGACAAUCAACCCAGAAUCAAGAGGUUGUCAUGCUUCUUCCACCGCUAAAACAGACGGCAAAAUCUCGAAUGAGAGACAAGGUGCUUACAUUCAGACCGAAACCUCAUUUCCGACCGUGA